AUGGAGGGUCCAAAGGCUAGCUUGAGAGCCCGACGACAGGGAAAGCCGAAGUCGUAUACGUUCACUGGGUGUUGGACUUGUCGCUCCCGCAAAGUCAAGUGCGAUGAGCGACAGACGAAUGGGUGUGGGGUCUGUGAGCGUGCUGCGCUGCAGUGUGCCGGUUAUGGCGUGAAUCUGUGCUGGAUUACGGGAGAAAGGAGUGAGUUGCACGGGCUGCGGCGGAGGCACAUCAAACCUAUUCAACCGUUGGCGCCUGGUAUACCGGAUGAUGAGGUUAAUCGGAUGCUGGUAGCUCUCGAUGAAAUCGCGGCGCCCUCAAAAACUGUUAGUAUGGGGCCUUUUGGGGUAUUUCAUACCGAGGCCUAUGCCAAUGAAGUCUCCAAUGGGGGAGAUCAUAUGAACCAUUCCGACUGCAGUUGGGAACUUGCUGAUGCCAAACACAACUCAAAGGAGUCAUCGCAGUCUCGAGAAGCAAACCAACUGUCUUUACAACAUCGGGGGCCUCGCGUACAGCGGUCUUCAUCUGUGCCAAAUGAGAGGAACUGUGUCGAUAUUGGUGGCUGCUUUGGAUCCCAAGUGCAGGGUCAAGCCUUCCCUAGUGAUUACCACCAGAUAACGCCGUCAGAAGUAAAUUCAAGCACAUGCGUGAUCCCAAGCUCACAGCUCGUUGAGCAAGCUCCACUUGAUAUGGACCCUCUCUUACCUUCACAGGAUGCAGAAAUCCUGUCGAUAUGUCACCCAGAUCUAAUCCGGCCAUCUCCCUGUUCUCCCAGCCUUGAGCUCUCAAUGCCACUGUUUCAAAAUCCCGAGACAUCCAUGCUCAUGUAUCACUACAUGAACCACGUCGCUGAGCUCCUCCAGCCAGUUCUCCACCCUAGCAAUCCAUGGCGGACGACAUACUUCCCAUUCGCCCUGAAAGGCUGUCCGGAUUUGUUUCUGGCGCAGUGUGCCGCCCCGCCAUCAGGCGUCUCAAUUGCGCUUUUCCACAGCGUACUUUCAUCAGCUGCAUUCCACCUCCGGAAUGUGAGACGCGGCUCGAAGAGAUUCCAUAGGCUUGGUCUGCAGCACCGAGCUAGGGCCUUACAUGCCCUGAAUACCGCACUCGCUCAUCCCAGCGAUACCCAGUUCUACACUGUCUGUUUGACAGCAAUGCUGUCUCUAGUGACGAUCGAUACCAUGACCGGAGAGGAUUCCGACUUCCAGAUCCACCUGCGUGGCUGUCGGCAGCUGAAGCGGCCUUCAGCGGAUUCCAGAGCUAUCGAUGAUUCCAGCAGGCAGGUUACCAGUAUUUGUCAUUUCCUAACGCUGCUUGCCCGAACAACGUCAAACGAGCUCGAACCGCGCGCUUGUUCAAUUGACAAAUCGUCCUUUGAGACCCCGUACUUUAACAGCGACGACAGAGGCAUUGAAUACAUCUACGGGAUCACCCCAACACUUGGGAACCUACUACAAAGAACAUGUCAGCUGGCGGAAUGCCUCUCAUUCUACCAAGGGCGAGAAGCCCCCGAAUUUAUACUCCAGGCUAGAGAGAACCUAAAGGACGAGCUCCGUAGAUGGUCAAUCGAGUCAGAAAAAUCCUAUCUUUUUGGCUCGGAAGAGACCAUGCUGGAGAUAGCACGCUGUCAGGCCCGAGCAUUCCAUAGCGCCGUCUUAAUCUUCUACUGCCGCACGGUCCAGCCAGACUCCCAGAUAGAUCUGGAAACCGAGGUGUGCUCGGUUUGGGAGAAUCUCACCACCGCGGAAGACCUCAAGGACCUAUACAUGGGCGGCGAGAAGCGGGCUGCACCAAUGUCCUGGCCGGCGUUUAUUGCAGCCUGUGAAGCGUCUUAUCGGACUCCCUGGGUGGAGUGGUGGACCAGGGUGCAGGGCUAUUGGGUGGGGAACUUUACGAGGCAGUGGAUGGUUGUCCAGGAAUUAUGGGCUAUCAUGGACAGGGAUGAGAGUGUUUUCAGUUGGAGAGACGCCCUAAGGCGGUCGGGCAGAUUGGUAUUGCCGAUAUAG